AUGGUAUGUUACGGUGUGGUAUGUUACGGUGUGGUGUGUUACCGUAUGGUAUGUUGCGGUAUGGUGUGUUACCGUAUGGUAUUUUACCGUAUGGUAUGUUGCGGUAUGGUGUGUUACCGUAUGGUAUGUUACGGUAUGGUGUGUUACGGUAUGGUAUGUUACGGUAUGGUGUGUUACCGUAUGGUAUGUUACGGUAUGGUAUGUUACGGUAUGGUAUGUUACCGUAUGGUAUGUUACGGUGUGGUGUGUUACCGUAUGGUGUGUUACGAUAUGGUGUGUUACCGUAUGGUAUGUUACGGUAUGGUGUGUUACGUAUGGUAUGUUACCUUAUGGUAUGUUACGGUGUGGUGUUACCGUAUGGUGUGUUACGGUAUGGUAUGUUACGGUGUGGUGUGUUACCGUAUGGUAUGUUACGGUAUGGUGUGUUACCGUAUGGUGUGUCACGGUGUGGUGUGUUACCGUAUGGUGUGUUACGGUGUGGUGUGUUACCGUAUGGUAUGUUACGGUGUGGUGUGUUACCGUAUGGUGUGUUACCGUAUGGUGUGUUACGGUGUGGUAUGUUACGGUGUGGUGUGUUACGGUGUGGUGUGUUAUCGUAUGGUAUGUUACGGUAUGGUGUGUUACCGUAUGGUGUGUUACCGUAUGGUGUGUUACGGUGUGGUGUGUUACGGUGUGGUGUGUUACCGUAUGGUGUGUUACCGUAUGGUGUGUUACGGUGUGGUAUGUUACGGUGUGGUGUGUUACCGUAUGGUGUGUUACGGUAUGGUGUGUUACGGUGUGGUGUGUUACCGUAUGGUGUGUUACCGUAUGGUGUGUUACGGUGUGGUAUGUUACGGUGUGGUGUGUUACCGUAUGGUGUGUUACGGUAUGGUGUGUUACGGUGUGGUGUGUUACCGUAUGGUGUGUUACCGUAUGGUAUGUUACGGUGUGGUGUGUUACCGUAUGGUGUGUUACGGUGUGGUGUGUUACCGGAUGGUAUGUUACCGUAUGGUAUUUUACGGUGUGGUGUGUUACCGUAUGGUAUGUUACGGUAUGGUAUUUUACGGUGUGGUAUGGUAUGUUACGGUAUGGUAUUUUACGGUGUGGUACGGUAUGGUAUGUUACGGUGUGGUGUGUUACCGUAUGGUAUGUUACGGUAUGGUGUGUUACCGUAUGGUGUGUUACCGUAUGGUGUGUUACGGUGUGGUGUGUUACCGUAUGGUGUGUUACCGUAUGGUGUGUUACCGUAUGGUAUGUUACGGUAUGGUGUGUUACGGUAUGGUAUGUUACCUUAUGGUAUGUUACGGUGUGGUGUGUUACCGUAUGGUGUGUUACGGUAUGGUAUGUUACGGUAUGGUGUGUUACCGUAUGGUAUGUUACCGUAUGGUGUGUUACCGUAUGGUGUGUCACGGUGUGGUGUGUUACCGUAUGGUGUGUUACGGUGUGGUGUGUUACCGUAUGGUAUGUUACGGUGUGGUGUGUUACCGUAUGGUGUGUUACCGUAUGGUGUGUUACGGUGUGGUAUGUUACGGUGUGGUGUGUUACGGUGUGGUGUGUUAUCGUAUGGUAUGUUACGGUAUGGUGUGUUACCGUAUGGUGUGUUACCGUAUGGUGUGUUACGGUGUGGUGUGUUACGGUGUGGUGUGUUACCGUAUGGUGUGUUACGGUGUGGUGUGUUACCGUAUGGUAUGUUACGGUGUGGUGUGUUACCGUAUGGUGUGUUACCGUAUGGUGUGUUACGGUGUGGUGUGUUACCGUAUGGUGUGUUACGGUAUGGUGUGUUACGGUGUGGUAUGUUACGGUGUGGUGUGUUACCGUAUGGUGUGUUACGGUAUGGUGUGUUACGGUGUGGUGUGUUACCGUAUGGUGUGUUACCGUAUGGUAUGUUACGGUGUGGUGUGUUACCGUAUGGUGUGUUACGGUGUGGUGUGUUACCGGAUGGUAUGUUACCGUAUGGUAUUUUACGGUGUGGUGUGUUACCGUAUGGUAUGUUACGGUAUGGUAUUUUACGGUGUGGUAUGGUAUGUUACGGUAUGGUAUUUUACGGUGUGGUGUGUUACCGUGUGGUAUGUUACGGUAUGGUAUGUUACGGUGUGGUACCGUAUGGUAUGUUACGGUAUGGUGUGUUAUGGUAUGGUAUGUUACCGUAUGGUAUGUUACGGUAUGGUGUGUUACCGUAUGGUAUGUUACGGUGUGGUGUGUUACCGUAUGGUGUGUUACGGUAUGGUAUGUUACGGUGUGGUGUGUUACCGUAUGGUAUGUUACGAUAUGGUGUGUUACCGUAUGGUGUUUCACGGUGUGGUGUGUUACCGUAUGGUGUGUUACGGUGUGGUGUGUUACGGUGUGGUGUGUUACCAUAUGGUAUGUUACGGUAUGGUGUGUUACCGUAUGGUGUGUUACGGUGUGGUGUGUUACCGUAUGGUGUGUUAUCGUAUGGUGUGUUACGGUAUGGUAUGUUACGGUGUGUUGUGUUACCGUAUGGUAUGUUACCGUAUGGUAUGUUACGGUAUGGUGUGUUACCGUAUGGUGUGUUACCGUAUGGUGUGUUACGGUAUGGUGUGUUACGGUGUGGUGUGUUACCGUAUGGUGUGUUACGGUAUGGUGUGUUACCGUGUGGUGUGUUACCGUAUGGUGUGUUACCGUAUGGUAUGUUACGGUGUGGUGUGUUACCGUAUGGUAUGUUACGGUGUGGUGUGUUACCGUAUGGUGUGUUACGGUGUGGUGUGUUACCGUAUGGUAUGUUACCGUAUGGUGUGUUACCGUAUGGUAUUUUACGGUGUGGUGUGUUACCGUAUGGUGUGUUACGGUGUGGUGUGUUACCGUAUGGUAUGUUACGGUAUGGUAUUUUACGGUGUGGUGUGUUACCGUAUGGUAUGUUACCGCAUGGUGUGUUACGGUGUGGUGUGUUACCGUAUGGUAUGUUACGGUGUGGUGUGUUACCGUAUGGUGUGUUACGGUGUGGUGUGUUACCGUAUGGUAUGUUACGGUAUGGUGUGUUACCGUAUGGUGUGUUACGGUGUGGUGUGUUACCGUAUGGUAUGUUACGGUGUGGUGUGUUACCGUAUGGUAUUUUACGGUAUCCCAUACUGUUACUGA